GCGGGGGACUUUGGCUCGAGGACGCCAGCGGCCGUGUGGCCGUCGAUGUCGAGCAAGGUCGCCGGGUAGGCAAAAAUCACACCCUGGACGUUGGAAGGCCUUUCACUUUUGAACCGCGCAAGUGGCACGCUACUCAGCAGUGGCGCGGGGAUCGUGGGAUAGUUGUAGCCUACACGCCCGCCGGUGUGACCAGGCUUGGCAGUGCGGACCGUGCGUUCCUGCAAGGUAUAGGUUUUCCCUUGGGGUGUGAGUCAAGCCAGCCGGCAGCUCCAGAAGGUCCAACUGGAACCGGCUCAUCAGCCGACGCACAUAAAGGCAGCCUUUCCUUUGGUGUCUACCAUGAGCCUCAGGAGUUUGUUGCCAAGGCACUUUUGGAGCAACAUCCAUGCCACUUGGAAAGUCUGUUGCCCGCUGAACUGGUUCAUGCAAUCCGGGUGAACCACUCUAAAAGUGCUGCCGUGCUUGGGCAAGAGCGUACCGAGACGCUUCGCAAAUGGGUAGAGCGCGCAUCCGAGUUAAGUGCAGACGAGGAACAGCUCAAAAAUUCCUUUAGCCCUCACCGUCAAAAAAUCUUGCAUUCAAAGCGGUUGCUUUUGAUGAAGGAGAUGUUGGAUAGUGUAGGGCAUGAGGACGAGGAUCUGAUCACCGAUCUGUCGACAGGUUUCGACUUGACAGGACCGCUGCCGCGGUCCCACGUCUUCAAGGACAAGUACCGUCCAGCAGCGAUGGCUGAAGAGACUUUGAGGAAAAGCGACGAGGCCGUGGACCAAGGGGUACUUGCUGCAACAGAAAAGGAGCUUGCCAAGGGCUUCGUGGAAGGACAGCUUCUUCGUGAUCUUUUGUCCAAAGUCGCGCAAGCACGUCAUCUAUAA